UGGGAUAUCAAUCACAAAGAUUCCGCCGAACCCACGUCCACCAUGUCGGCCCGCGACAAUGAAAAAGGCUCGGCGCGGUCUCAGCCGAGUCACGCAGCGGCGUCCGAAAUCGAAAAUGUGCCGAGACCUUCCCGGCAACAGUCUUGGACGGGUACUAUGAUAAAGGUUUUUAUAAUUUGCGCGUGCGCUGGAAUAGUAUCCAAAUACAUAAUCCCUCUGGACUCUAUCUUUAAGUCUGUUCACAUAGACCCUCACGACUAUGCUACGAGAGCGAAUCGAAUACUGUCGACCACGCCACUAAUUGACGGACAUAAUGAUCUUCCAUAUCUUAUUCGACUAGAGACAAAGAACAAGAUCUACGAUCAUGAAAAAUUGCCGUUUCGAACCGGUUUGCUAAGUCAUACGGACCAAAUAAAGAUCCAGGAAGGGAAGCUUGGAGGUCAGUUUUGGAGUGUCUUUGUCGAGUGCGCGACAGACCCAAAUGCGGAGAUUGAUGAUCCCACGUGGGCGGUCAGAGAUACGCUUGAGCAGAUUGAUGUCACAAAACGACUCGUGCAAGAGUACCCUGACCUUCUCGAGUACUGCGAAUCGGCAUCUUGCGCCAAAGCUGCGUUUAAAAGAGGAAAGGUUGGCAGUUUUCUGGGAAUCGAGGGAGGUCAUCAAAUCGGAAAUUCGCUUGCUUCACUAAGACAAGUGUAUGAUCUUGGUGUACGCUACAUCACCGUAACACAUAAUUGUGACAAUGCGUUUGCCACUGCAGCCUCAACCGUCGCUGUUGGGAAACCAGAUCUUGGUCUGACGGAUUUCGGUCGCGAAUUCGUCAAAGAGAUGAACCGCCUUGGCAUGCUGGUUGACCUAUCCCACGUGUCCCAUCAGACCAUGCGAGAUAUCCUAUCUGUGACAAAGGCUCCUGUUAUGUUCUCGCAUUCCUCUUCGUACGCGCUCUCUAAGCACCUCAGGAACGUACCUGAUGAUGUGCUGAAUGGUGUUACCAAAAAUGGCGGUGUUGUAAUGGUUACAUUCGUACCCUCAUUCCUAAAAGUGGAUGAUCCUGCUUCUGCAACUAUCCACGAUGCAGUUGACCAUAUCCUCCAUGUAGCAAAGGUGGCGGGGUGGGAUCAUGUUGGCAUUGGCUCUGACUUUGAUGGUACUGCGGAUGUUCCCGAAGGUCUUGAGAAUGUCUCAAAGUACCCGCGGCUUAUUGAGCUUUUACUUGAGCGUGGAGUAACGGACGAGCAAGCUCGAAAGUUGAUCGGAGAGAAUAUCCUCCGUGUCUGGUCAAAUGUUGAAGAAAUAGCCGAGAAUAUCAGAGCACUGGGGGAGAAGCCCAAUGAGGAGACUUGGUCUGGUAGGAAAUGGACAGCGGCAAUCGAUAUUCCGAUGCCGUUUAUGUUUAAAGAUAGCGCAGAUAAACGAAAAGAAUUGUAA